CCAAGUCACUGACGUCAGUAACUGCGCUUCGGGCAUAAGCACUUACGGGCUCUGGACGGAAGCAUGGCAUGCUUACAGCGCUCCCGGGAUAUGCCAUUUUCUAGCCUUAUUUAUGUUAGCUCUUCACCCUAAAAACACCACAGAGCAGCUUACCUGCUUUAGCCAUCUGUACAGAAGGCGAUUUCUCCCGUUUCUAACAAUAGAAAACUUCCCAGUGUUAACAUGUAGCAAAAAGGAGAAACAAGAGAAAAAGAAAAAAAAAAAAAGCCUCUUUGGUCCGCCCUCCCUGGCUGUUGCUACCUUGCAGUUUAUGACAUGCAGAUAGAGGGAGGUCUGGUGAAGUGAACAAGGCAGCCGGAGAGCUGGUCCAUUCCCGUGGAAACCACGAAUCCCUGGGCACAGGCAGCUCUCCCUACUUUCCUGCGGGAUUUCUUUUGUGCGACUUUGAGAGGGGCUCAUGAAUGAUCUCUCAACGUGUGCCUGGCUCAGGCAAGCCGCACAGGGAGGGAGUAACCCAGCUGAGUGGGGGCAGAGCCAGCAAACACAGACCGCGCAGCGCUGGAAGUGGUUCUACUCGUGCAUGCAGUUUUUGAAGUCAGCAAAACAGAAAUCAAAUUACUAUCCUAUUAUGCUGGUCGAUGCUCAAGAAGGGACUCUAUGCUCGCUUAAUUACCAUGAGAGAUGCGGCAAGUCACAGAACAGCAAAGUAUGUCUAACGUGGGGACCCUGAAGACAAAUGAUCACCUCGUUUCUUCCUGAAUCCUCAAAACUCUGCAACCUCUGUUAAAAAAGUUCAUUCUGCUUUUUUGACCUUGCUUUGAAGGGGGAAAAAAAAAAAAUGCAACCAACAAGACUCCCCUAACAUUGUGAAGGAAAGAAACAGAAGAAGCCACUGCAGUUCCUCAACAACCAUUGUGAUCAUGAGGGAAAAAAGGCAACCCAAGGAGCCCAGCAUGUACACCAGCUUCCGUGUGACAGAGCGUGAGGACAGAAAGAUGAAUGGCGGGCUGAGGCUCUGACUUGUUAGUUUUCCUUUACUUCAGCUGCUACAAAUUCCGGCUUAGCAAUGGAUGUUCUUUUUGAAGAAAAUGCUUCCUUGAGCUCCACUACAAACUCCUUAGUGCAAUUACAUGACGACACAAGGCUCUACAAUAAUGACUUUAACAACGGAGAAGCUAACACUUCAGAUGCAUUUAACUGGACAGUGGACUCGGAAAAUCGAACCAACCUUUCCUGUGAGGGCUGCCUCUCACCACCCUGCUUCCCCUUACUUCAUCUCCAGGAAAAAAACUGGUCUGCUUUGUUGACAGCUGUAGUGAUUAUUCUAACCAUUGCUGGAAACAUACUCGUCAUCAUGGCAGUGUCCCUAGAGAAAAAGCUGCAGAACGCCACCAACUAUUUCCUGAUGUCACUUGCCAUAGCUGAUAUGCUGCUGGGUUUCCUUGUCAUGCCCGUGUCCAUGUUAACCAUCCUAUAUGGCUAUCGGUGGCCUCUACCUAGCAAACUCUGUGCUGUCUGGAUCUACCUGGACGUGCUCUUCUCCACGGCCUCCAUCAUGCACCUCUGUGCCAUCUCGCUGGAUCGCUACGUUGCCAUCCAGAAUCCCAUCCAUCACAGCCGAUUCAACUCCAGAACUAAGGCAUUCCUGAAAAUAAUUGCUGUUUGGACCAUAUCAGUGGGGAUAUCUAUGCCAAUACCAGUCUUUGGACUACAGGAUGAUUCCAAGGUCUUUAAGAAAGGGAGCUGCUUACUUGCUGACGACAAUUUCGUCCUGAUCGGCUCUUUUGUGUCAUUCUUCAUUCCCUUAACCAUCAUGGUGAUCACCUACUUUCUAACUAUCAAGUCACUCCAGAAAGAAGCUACUUUGUGUGUAAGUGAUCUUGGCACACGGGCCAAACUAGCUUCUUUCAGCUUCCUCCCUCAGAGUUCCCUGUCUUCAGAAAAACUCUUCCAGCGGUCAAUCCACAGGGAACCAGGGUCCUAUGGCAGAAGGACUAUGCAGUCCAUCAGCAAUGAGCAAAAGGCCUGCAAGGUGCUGGGCAUUGUCUUCUUUCUGUUUGUGGUGAUGUGGUGCCCAUUCUUCAUCACGAACAUAAUGGCCGUCAUCUGCAAAGAGUCUUGCAACGAGGAUAUCAUCGGAGCCCUGCUCAAUGUGUUUGUUUGGAUCGGUUACCUCUCCUCAGCGGUCAACCCACUUGUGUAUACACUGUUCAACAAGACCUACAGGUCGGCCUUUUCACGGUAUAUUCAGUGUCAGUACAAGGAAAAUAAAAAACCAUUGCAGUUAAUUUUAGUGAACACUAUACCGGCCUUGGCCUAUAAAUCUAGUCAACUCCAAAUGGGACAAAAAAAGAAUUCAAAGAAAGAUGCCAAGACCACAGAUAACGACUACAGUAUGGUUGCUCUAGGAAAACAACAUUCAGAAGAUGCUCCUACAGACAAUAUUAACACAGUGAAUGAAAAGGUUAGCUGUGUGUGAUAGACUGGUUGCCAUAGCAACCAUGGAGGGCACACUGGGCAAAUUUUUACCUAUCUGGGGGAAAGAAAAAGACAAAGGGGAGACUGGAAAAAAAAUUAGGCCGAUCUAGUAGAACCAACAAUAUUUAUAUGCCUCAUUUUAUUGUCAAUGAAAAAAAAAAAAAAAGGCAGGGUUAAAAGACACAAAAUGUGCACUUCAAAAAUGUUCUGACAGCAUUUCAGCUGUGAGCUUUACGAUACUUAUUUUUAACAUUGUAAAUGAUAUACAUCUUUAAAAUAAUUAGCUUUUAUUGUAAAAUUAUAAUGAGGCCAUAAAUAAGUCUAAAUUAACUUCUAUUCCAAGUGGAAACCUUGCUCCUACGUUAGUUGAUGGCAUGAGUUGGUUACCUAUUGCUGUAAAUAACAAUAGCUACAAAUAGUGAGAAGUUGGGUGAAUAUAAUAUAAUGACCUCUUAAAGAAAAAUCCUCUUUAAAACUUAUCAUGCUACAUAUUUUGAACAACAAAAAAGACACUAACGAUGGUGUUAUGAAAUCUGUAUUGUUAAGAUAAUUAAAUGAAAUACUUGACAACUUUUUCAUUCCAGCUUUUUCACAGAUGUCGUUUUGAAAUAUUCACAAAGUUGCUGACAUUUGCUGCAUUUCAACUUAAUUCUUCAAAGAAGUGAAAAAGUUUUAAAAUGUUAUUUAAUAACUACUGCUGCUUUCUCUUCUACUAUUUGUGCUUUAUUCUGAAUUUCCAAUGUGGUCUUGUUUAGUGUUUCUACUCAUAGGUAAACUAUCAAAAGGAUAACUUAACAUUACCAAAUACAUUUCUAGAAAUUGCUUCUCCUAAACGACACCAUAGUGGUGUUUGGUAACUCGCUCUUUAAUGACUGCACCGUGCAUGCGCUCCGUUGAGCAGUAAGCAGUAUUGAUGUAACCUGUGUCAAGAUUGAGGAAUAAACUCAGGUUUUUGGCUACUGCCAGCAGUACAGUCUUAGGAGAUCUCUGUAAAAUAAAUACAGGUGACUUUCCCAUUGGCACCCAUCAGGUAAACUGAUGCUUUCUGACCAAUUAAUCUCUAUUAUUUGCCAAAAUUGUUCAGCUUUGGUCUCACGAUCAGCUACUGAGUGUACAUUAUCUGUGAAGAAAUUUCCUGGGUACUGAGGAUACAAAAAUAAUUAAAACAAGAUCCCUGCUUUUAAAGCAAAUGACCUAAUUGGAAGAGUCCUUGUCAAAAAUAUUAAUUAACAGACAUUUUGAGAAUUGGUUCAAACUAUUUCCUUCUACGUAGUUCAGAAAAAGGCUUGUUUUGACCCUGAGGGUAAUUUUCUCAGUAAGUUUCCUGAUUGGUUGUCGAUGAAUAUCAACCAAAUGACCGAGAGGGGAAAUAUUACGUGAGCUCAAAAUUUGUAAUUAGUUUAGAAAUAUACACCUCAACCUGGGCCCAACCUAUGACUACCAAAGUUUGGAGCAAAAAUUUGGUUCACUUCCAUAAAAACUAACUUUUUUAUUACUUACUAACACUGGACUCCAUAAAAAAAAAAAAAAGCAAUAAUAUAAUGCUAUGUAAAAAAGUUUGCUAAAGAGAGAAAGACUAACAGCAGUUAAUUCACCUUGACGUCACUCUAGAUUAAAUUACAUAUCCUUACUAAAAUAGAAGUUAGGUAUGAGAUUACAAUACUGAAGCAUUUCUAUUGAAUGAAAAAUGGUGUUUUGCACUAAGCCAUUUGAAAAAUAUUAUGGAUUUGAAAACUAAAGAAUGUGGGAGAUGCCACUGUGUAAUUUGGAAAUGUAUUAAGGCUAUCCAAUUAUGUCCUUCUAGAUACAUUGAAAGAUAUGUAUUUCAAAGCUAAAAUUUCUAGUAAGCCACUCGUAUCAAGGCUGCAUUUAAACUGAACUACUUUAAUGAUUACACCAUACUAACUGAUAAAACUACAAAUGUUAAAAAAUCUCUACUGUAUUUUGCCUUAGUUUGUAACUCUGCACAUCUCAUUAAAUAUUAGAGAAAAAAUUCCAGAUUCUAUCCCCAUACACUCAAUCUUGAUCAGAAUGAACAUAAAUACUGCCUGACAGAUAUCUUUUGACUACAUAUAUAUUACAAAUGUGUAUGUGUUUUCUUUCCAUAAGUAUCUAUUCAAGUGUAUAUAGACAACCAUGUAUCUGCGUACAUGUACAGACAUGUUCUCAUGCACUUUAUUCGAUAUUUAUAUAUUUAUAUGGAGAAAAAGCAAGAAGUCAUUAUUGAAAACCUUCAAUAUAUACACAUGUGUGCAUGUUUGUAUCCUGUCCAUUAAAAUGUGAAUUCAUGUUCUAAUGUUUCUAUGACCUUCCAUUGCAGUCAAAGACAGAUUAAAAUGUAACAGAAGUAUCAGCUCUUUAAAUAAACUGGAAAUUCACCUGAUUUUAUGGGAAGACUUUAACACAAUUCUGUAAGGGUGUUGAAAACAAUAGUCCUUAUAUACAGUUGAGUGAUCUUGAAUAAAAUGGUACCUUUGGGCCCUUUGUUUAGUCUAGGGACUUUCUGACUACUAAGGAUUUCAAAAAUAUACCCCAGGCCCCAGUGAAACACGGUGCUUGAAUGAUUUAUGGAUCUGUGAUUAAAGGACUCACUCCUAGUCAAUACUAUUAAAAUACAGUGACCAACCUUACUCUACUUUAAGUUGAAUGGUAGAUUCUUCUAUAUUUAAAAAAAGGAAUUAAAUGCCAUACCUAAUUAGGGGAAACACUCAGUUUAAACAUACUUAAUCUACUUGGCCACAGCGCCACCUCAUGGUCAUUUUUUAAAGUGCUACCGUAGCCAAAUUGAACUAAGUUACUGUACUGCUUUUGGCAAAGGGUGCUUUUCCCAUUUGCGCAUCUAUGAAACAUGUUCAUAAAGUGUUAAAUUAUUCUGUGCCAUAUAUAAUAAAUACGGUGAAGAUUAUUUUGUGUAAUGAUUUUAAUCAAGGUAAUUCUAAAAGAUUUCAAGAAAGAAGGAAUAAUUAUCAAUAAAGUCUACUCAAAAAUCAAUGCAA